AUGAGUCUUCCAAAACGGCUCUUAGUCCUCUCGCUGGGGAAUCCUCCUGCGUAUGAUGGUACCAGACACAGUGUGGGCCAUCUAAUGCUGAAGCUGGUUUGCACACGGUUAGGAGCACAACCAAAUCGAACGAGCUCCUUCAACACCCACGAGACUGAGAUCGAUGACACCAGAGUAACGUUCUACCGUGUACCUGGAUACAUGAACGAGUCCGGGAAGAGCUUGAAUCCCUUUUAUAAAAUCUGGAAAUCACGUACUAAGAAGGAAAUUGAGGAUACAGUAAUUAUACUACACGAUGAAUUGGAUGUCGAUGUGGGGAAAAUCAAAGUAAGAAGCCCUGGAAGAUCACACCGUGGACACAAUGGAUUGAGAUCUAUUCAAGCCAGCUCUCCAAUAGGCAAAGAUUAUGUCUCCUUCCAGAUUGGUAUCGGAAGAAACUAUUCAGGAGACCGUCAAACGCCAGGCGUUGUAGCCAAUUACGUGCUGAGUAAAUUCACACCAAAAGAACGGCUGACCAUAGAAUCCGAAACUCUUGAUAAAGUAGUCGAUGCUAUCAAGACAUAUGUUUGA